CAUCCAUUGUCCACUCUCUACAGUCUACACCACACCACAUUCCUCACAUACACCAGAGAGGAAAAAGAUUAUGGCCGCGUCCCUGCAAGCCGCAGCCACCCUCAUGCAGCCGGCCAAGGUCGGCGUGCCUACCCGCAGCACCCUGCAGCUCAAAUCGCCCCACUCCCUUUCUAAGGCUUUUGGGUUUGAACCAUCCGGGUCUAGGAUCACUUGUUCUUUCCAAUCUGAUCUCAAGGAGUUAGCUCAGAAGGCUGUUGAUGCCACCAAGCUCGCUGGCUUCGCUCUUGCUACUUCAGCCCUUGUCGUCUCGGGAGCAAGUGCUGAGGGAGUUCCAAAGAGGCUAACCUACGAUGAAAUCCAGAGCAAGACAUACAUGGAAGUGAAAGGAACAGGAACGGCAAACCAGUGCCCCACCAUUGACGGUGGUGUUGAUUCAUUCGCCUUCAAGCCUGGGAAGUAUUAUGCGAAGAAGUUCUGCUUAGAACCCACUUCUUUCACUGUCAAAGCUGAGGUUGUCAGCAAGAAUGCCCCUCCAGAAUUCCAGGAAACCAAGCUCAUGACGCGAUUGACCUACACUCUUGAUGAAAUUGAGGGUCCUUUUGAAGUUUCUGCCGAUGGAAAUAUUAAGUUUGAGGAGAAAGAUGGGAUUGACUAUGCUGCUGUCACGGUUCAGCUGCCUGGUGGUGAGCGUGUGCCCUUCCUCUUCACCAUCAAGCAGUUGGUGGCAUCAGGCAAACCACAGAGCUUCGGAGGAGAGUUUCUCGUGCCAUCCUACCGUGGCACAUCUUUCUUGGACCCAAAGGGAAGAGGUGGCUCAACCGGGUAUGACAAUGCAGUUGCAUUGCCUGCAGGAGGCAGAGGAGAUGAGGAGGAGCUAAAGAAAGAGAACAUCAAGGACGCAUCUUCUUCAUCAGGGAAAAUCACCCUUAGUGUUACCAACAGCAAGCCUGAGACCGGAGAAGUGAUUGGCGUUUUUGAGAGCGUUCAGCCAUCAGACACUGAUUUGGGGGCUAAAGCUCCGAAGGAUGUAAAAAUCCAGGGCAUCUGGUAUGCUCAGCUUGAUUAAUACACCUAUUGUACGAAAGUGUUUAUUCUUGGUUGAUUCAGAUUUUGUAAGUUUGAAGUCUGUUGUUAAAACUUUUCUGGUAACCCAAUGAGAUGCACUGAAAUUAUCAUCCUCUUUGUAAAUUAUUGUGGCUUCUUAUAAUAUAAAUUUCGAAUUUCU